AUGUCUUCUAAUUCAUGCACAAACUAUUCUUCUGUCAAUGAAUAUAUCGACGAGAGUUCAAGGCUUUGGGAUGUUUGCCGUGCAGUCAAAUCUUCCAUUUUGGGAAUUGAGAACUAUUCUUCAGGUGGGUCUAAUAUAGUUGCUUCAUUGGAUGGAUUUAAUCAUUUGAAUCAAGAGGUUUCACAUCGGAUUUUUAGAUCAAUAUACAUUGGUCAAAGGGAGAAUACAACGCUUUCGAGGCAUUCUUUAUGCGAUGAAAAGAAAGAAAGUUGGAAAGGAGAUAGAGAGAGUAAUGUGAAGCCAGGGAUUUUGCUACAUGGAGGAAAUGAAGGAAAAGUCGAUGAUUUGUUUGUUGAAAUUGUUGAAGGAAGGAAGAAGAUUUUGGACAUGAGUAGUCAUAAGUAG